AUGAUACUGGAAGCUAACGACUCGCUCUUUGGACCGUUAUUCAAGAGGCAUUCUCAUUCGCAUUCAGAGGAGCCCGAGGAGUGUCCCACCGAGAACGAGUAUGAUGGCAGCGAUGGUAUUCGUAUAUUAUCUGUUUUCAUAAUUCUGUUGGCAUCCGCCAUUGGUACCUUCUUCCCUAUGUUGGGAUCACGGUUUAGCCGUGUGCGUCUGCCCACCUGGGCCUUUUUUUUUGCCAAAUACUUCGGUUCAGGUGUCAUCGUUGCCACAGGGUUCAUUCACUUAUUACUUCAUGGACAUGAGAGUUUGAGUAAUCCAUGUUUGGGUGGCGUUCUGUCUGAGUACCCCUGGGCUUUUGCCAUCUGUAUGAUGUCCCUAUUCACAUUGUUCUUCGUCGAAAUUAAUAGUCAUCAUUUUGUCAACAAGGCUGCUCGCAGCACGGCUGUUGCGGUUGCCGGGGACGAGAAGAGCAUUAAAGAAGACGAAUCAACAGAAGACACACCGCCGAAGCCAAAUACUGCUGUCAGUGGAGCGAAUUCCGCUGUAGUCAGUCAGCAUUUUGCGCAUGAUGAAUGCCACCAGGAUUUAGAGCAGGCUAAGAGUCUAGCCGCUGACCCAAACAGAGAGCAAUACCUGAACCAGUUGAUCAGUCUUUUCAUUUUGGAAUUCGGUGUUGUGUUCCACUCUGUUCUGAUUGGGCUUUCGCUUGCGGUCACUGCGGAAGAUCAUUUCACUACGUUGUUUGUUGUCCUUAUUUUCCAUCAGAUGUUUGAAGGCAUGGGGUUGGGUGCCCGUAUCGCUGAAACUGAGUGGGGUGUGCAUCGGAAGUGGACCCCUUGGCUCCUUGGCCUGGGCUACUGCUUGUCCACCCCCAUCGCCAUCGCCAUCGGUCUCGGGGUCAGACACUCCUUUGCUCCAGAAUCGAGGCCCUCCUUGAUAGUUAACGGAGUCUUUGACUCUCUAUCCGCCGGUAUUUUGCUGUACACUGGUCUGAUUGAACUGAUGGCCCAUGAAUUCUUGUUUUCCAACUCCUUCAAAGGAGAGGGUGGUUUCAACAAGAUGAUGCAGGGCUUCGUGUACAUGUGUCUCGGAGCAGGUCUCAUGGCGCUCUUAGGGAAGUGGGCCUGA